CCACCACACCAAUGCUUUCCGAUGACAUUUCAAUGCAAAAAAGAAAAACCUCAUCUUUGUUCCUUGUCAAUGCAUGGCAGAGAUGUGCCCCUAAGCAUCAUUUGUUGGCAUCAAACCUCCUCUUUUGAGGGAUUCAUUCAUGGCCUCGGGGGGACAUACUCUCCCAUCAUUCUGUAUCGAUUCAACCCCUUCCUUGCCUGCUCUCACCUUUCAGCAGUGGGAGAGCGCACACAAAGAAAGAGAUGGUGAUAUUUUUAUGCGGCAAUUCCAUCUUGGUCAUCAUGACACACAAAGGGCAAGAGGAACAAAGAAAGCAAGACUUUCAAGAACAAAGCCACUCGGCUGAAAGCUCCCCCCUCUCUCUGCUCCCGUCACCUCAGACGUGAGAGAUAUAACAAGUAGCUGUAGACUCCACUUGUUGGAGUUCUGAACCAAGUGACCAAUCCCAACUCCCGUCACCUCAAAUUCCCAGGAUAAGGUGACACGCCGACUGUCCUAUCCCUCAUCUCCUCCCAACUCGCAGUGGAAUUGCCACCCAAACCAAACCAAACAAAAAACUAUUUACCAUACGAGGAAAAAACAAAAAACAAGCUUUGAUACACGUACCCUUUCUGUGGGGUGAAAACGCAUAUCCAUAUCCAUUCUUCUUCGCUUGCGUCAUGUAUGCAUCAGACUAGAUCGAUGGUUGCCCCUCGCUCCCCCGGGUCACCCUUGCUCGAGCCUUCCUUCGUUGUCCUCUGGGCAUUUGUGUCACUCCGCUACUUCUCCACACUACUUUUUCUUUAAUUUAUAGGUGUGAUGGUGGGGUGCAAUAAAGAAACCCAUCCAUCUGUUUAGUGCUGCCAUCUCAAGAAGCCUAUAGACUAGUGAUGUCUCCUUUGGUGGACACAAGCCUGAUGAAGCUGGGUAACCAGGAGGGAAGGGGUGAUCGGAAGGAGGUCCUCAACUUCCCCGGCUCGUAAUUCUUGUUUAGCUAGCUUUAGUAGAUAUGGCAGAUGGGUGCGAGUAUGACGAGGACUUUGAGGAAGAGGAGGUUUGGGCUGUUAUGCCGGAGAUGAAAGAAGCGAGACCCAAGGAUUCAUCUUGUGCCUCUUCAUCUUCAUCUUCUUCUUCUGCUAGGCGUCUUCUGACUGGUGCAAGAAUGAUACCCAGGUCCAGUGCUAACUCGGAACCAAGCGGUAGAUCCCUCAGACGAUCUGCUCCCGUUCGCAUCCCUGAGUGGCCCAAGGUUUACAAGCAUGGUCAGAGACAAAGCUUUGGAGCUCACGGCUACGAGGAUGAGUUCCAUCGCCGCGGCGGCAGCCAUGAGAAUGUUGAUGAAGAGGAGGAGGAGGAUGAUGAUCGUAGAGCCCCCCCACAUGAAUGGCUCGCGAAGAAGAUGGCUAGGAGCCAGAUCUCGUCCUCCUCGGUCUUUGAAGGGGCAGGGAGAACCCUCAAGGGGAGAGAUCUCAGCAAGGUGAGGAAUGCUGUGCUUAUAAAGACUGGUUUCUUAGAGUAGGAUGAGAUGUAAAAUAGGUUGCUUCCCUUCUCUUUGGCCUGACAGCCAGCAUUGAGAUUUUGUUGUGUGUUGCGGGAGGAGGAGAUGAGAUGUUCUUCUCUUACUCUGAAACACCGGGCAUGUAGAACCAGUUAACGACCUCCCUCCCUUCGCUGCCAUGUACAAGGAAUGUUUUUUUUAGUCUUGCACAAACCGGGUUGCUUC